AUGACCGCGGGUCCAAUUAAAAGAGAUAAUAUCGGAUGGAACAAGUUCAAAUGUAUAGUGCUUUUGUAUCUAGUCUUCUGUUUUCCUUGUGUGAUAAAAGCUCAAAGUCGUGCUCCACGUAUAAAGGAGCACCCAGCUGACACAAUAGUCGGUAGGAGUGAGCCAGCCACUCUUCGCUGUGUGUCUGAAGGGAAACCCAAACCCUCAAUCCAGUGGUACAAAGAUGGGUCCCCUCUUGCUCCUACUGACCACCCCCAUAGAGUACUCCUUGAAGAUGGACUACUGUUCCUCAGGGUUAUGCGAGGAAAGAAAGAAAACGACGAGGGGGUGUACUGGUGCGUCGCACGCAACUCAGUCGGCGAGGCGGUCAGUAAGAACGCCACACUCACAAUCGCUGUUCUACGUGACGACUUCAGAGUUGAACCGCGAGAUGUGAAAGUAGCCAGUGGAGAACCAGCCACGCUAGAAUGCUCCGCUCCUAAAGGCGUUCCCGACCCGGGCGUGCACUGGACGAAGGACGGACAAAGUUUAGAUGUAGAAGUUAACGGGAGAAUUAUGAUAGUAAAUGGCGGUGAUCUCAAAAUAUUAGAAAGUCUUCCAGGAGACAGUGGUGUGUAUAGAUGUGUAGCUUCAAAUGUUGCUGGAGAAAGACAAUCCCGUCCUGCAACAUUACUCGUGUUACGUAGACCACAUUUUCUCGUGAAACCUAAUAACAUAACGGCAUUGAUAGGCCAGAACGUUGAGUUUCAUUGUCAGGCAUCACCAGAAUCAGACGUGUCAGUGACGUGGUCGCGAGACAAUGGCUCAUUAUCGCCAUACGCAAUCAUUCGUCGAGGAUCUCUGAGAAUAGAUCGUGUUGUUGCUACUGAUGCCGGAAUUUAUACAUGUAGAGCUGAAAGCCAAGCAGGGAGUAGUGCCGCAUCGGCUACAUUGACUGUUCAUUCAUUACCUCAUUUCACCCGAGUGCCUUCUGAUCAAACUGCGUGGGAAGGAGAGGCUAUAUCUUUUCAGUGUGAAGCUGAUGGUACACCGCCUCCUGUAGUAUUCUGGACUAUGGAGGGAUCUCAGGAAUUAGUAUUCCCGAAAUCAGCCCACGGUACUGGGUCCUUGUAUUUAGAUAGAGUAACUACCCAACAUGCUGGUAGAUUAACGUGUGUCGCUGUUAGUGCAGCUGGAAGUGCGAUGCAUACUGCAACAUUGCAAGUACUAAGAAGAGAAGCUAAUUCAUUUAAUGGAGAUUUAGAGUCUUCUUCUCCAUAUCCCGAGUUGACGAAGCAUCAGAGUCAUCCACCAAUGACACAGUAUGAAUUAGUUCAAGCUCGUCGGUAUUUACAGCAAGAUGUUUUAGCUUUAAGGAGAGUUGAAGGUCUAUCUGCUACUACAGUCAAAAUCGUUUGGGAUGUGUUGACAGAUUACAACGAAUAUUUAGAAGGAGUAAAAAUAUGGUUCAACGGUACCUCAAUGAAUAGACAAUACGUGUUAGAAGAAGACUACCAGCAUUCCAAUUUAUCAUACAAAGAGAGUCUAGCUGAUUUUAGAAGAUAUGAAAACUUUUCAAUGACCACUGUCCACAACAGUGGUUCAUCUAGUCAUAUUUUAACUGGUCUAUUGCCAUAUGCUCAAUACGAUGUCUUUUUAAUGCCAUUUUAUAAGCUGUUGUUGGGUAAACCGUCUAAUUUAAAAAGUGGUUUUACUGAAGAAGAUGUUCCGACGGAGCCACCGCAAAGCGUCACGGCGGGAGUGAUAAAUGCGACGUCAGCGUGGAUUCGGUGGGAUCCACCGCCCCCGCAUACAUGGAACGGCGAACUUUCCGGUUAUUUGAUUGAAGUUCGAGUAGGCGGUAGCACUGGUGGUCGUGUAGUUGGUCAGAUGUCAUUAGGUGCUCGCACGCGAGCUGCUGCAGCAAGUUCACUGCGCGCUGGUGGUCGGUACAGUGCGCGCGCGGCGGCAGUUACACGCCGUGGACACGGUCCAUUUAGCGCGCCUGCUCAAAUACACAUGCUGCCUACUCAAACACAGAGACAUUAUGUACAAACUGAACCAUCGACGGACAAGGCGAUAGUGUCAAUGUUCCAGGAAACUUGGCUGCUGGCAUUAUGUCUAACUUUGUUAGUGUUAGUACUAGUCGGCACUGGAGUCAUUGUUUAUAUACGGAGAAAGCAGACUAAGCAAAGGAAAAGCCAGAACACAACUGGAACUGCUAUAGUUAAUGCUCAACAAUGUCUACUAGGUAAGGAAGCUGUUUGGUUAAGAGAAAGGCCAAUGUUUGAAGGAUCAAAUGAACCUAGGAUAGAAAUUUUGAAUUGCCACCAAAGUCUUUUACACGGUGGUCACUCAAUAGGCACAAUGGCUAUGGAAGCUGAGUACAGUCUUCCACAGCAUACAAAUGUUAUGAAUCCUAUACCAGAGGAAAGUCAAAUGCGGAGACACCAGCCCGAACCUUAUGCAUCAAGUGCCAUUUAUACUGAGUUAAAUUAUCAGGAUCAUACAGAUGCAGAAGACUCGUGUAUGAAGUGCGCUGUGAGUCCAGGUUCGUACGACAAUAGCAUGGUCAGAUCUUAUGGAGAAAGCAAUCAGUACUCUAAUGAAGAAUGCUCUACAUGCUGUCGAAGUAGCAGUUCCACUCUCACAAAGGACUACAGUGAAAUGACAAAAUGUGGGAAUGACGAUGAAAUGCAAGACAUGUCUAUAGAAGACUGUCCAUCGUGUAAAACAAACCAUUCUAGAUCCUCGAGUCAUCACGAUGGGAACAAAGAUUGGGCCAUGGCCGAGGUAGAAUAUGAUUACCCACAGUGGCAUUGGUUGGGAAGAGAAAAUACUUUUAGACAACCUAACCCAGAAGUGAGGUAUGCUACUGAAGGGAGGAGUGACCAGGAUUGCAGGAUGAACUUAUGUGAUAUUCUUCCACCACCGCCUUAUGAACGGGAAUCGCCAUAUCGAGAAAUGCACGCAUUUACAAAUCACUCAGGGACAUCAGGUUGUUCAGGUCAUACUUAUAGAAGUUAA